AUUACACUCUUACACUACCUAGAUUGAACCACUGCUCUCAGGAGCACAGACACAGAGGGACAACUGAUGGAAACACUACCAAGUCACCUAGAGAGAGAUAAAUGACUGCAGAUUUACAAGAAAACUAACUAAAAGGGGAAACUGCAAUACUCUCCAUGAACUUCGCACUUCAGAACAAUCAAGCACACUGGGAACCUCUAAUUGACUGGAUUGUGAGAUUCUGUGAAGGACAACUAUAGUACACACAGUUUAGAGAUGAGAAUGAUACUGUAAGUGCAUCUUUAUCAUUCAUCCAUCGCAAUGCCGAGCUCUACUUAUCUCUGCUUGCUGAGGGCAGUUUUCCUGGUGUGUUUUGUUAACCCUUCAAUCCAAGGACUAAGUGGAGAUUCAGUUGUGGUCCAGGAUCCUCGUCAUCGACUGGAACCGAAUCUCACUGGACUCCCAAUAGUCACAUUUGAAUGGCAUCAUGUUCAGACCCCAUACCUGGUGAUAGUUUGGGUAUUUGUGGCUGCAUUGGCUAAACUAUCAGUGGUUGAACUAAACCAUCAUGUCAUCAGUGUGAUCCCAGAGAGUGGUCUACUCAUCAUCGUGGGCUUUAUUUUGGGAGGAAUCGUCUGGGGAGCAGACAAGGCACAGAUUUACAAACUGCUUCCUACCACUUUCUUCUUCUACUUGCUGCCACAAAUCAUCUUGGACGCAAGUUACUUUAUGCCCAAUAAGCUAUUUUUCAGCAACUUGGGUGCCAUUCUCAUUUACGCCAUCUUCGGAACCUGCUGGAACGCAGCUACAGUAGGACUCUCUCUUUGGGGCUGCUAUGAGGCCGGAGUGAUGGGUAACUUGGACAUCGGUCUGCUGCAGUUCCUUUUGUUUGGUAGUUUAAUAGCCGCGGUGGAUCCUGUGGCUGUGAUUGCCGUGUUUGAGGAAGUGCAUGUGAACGAGGUGCUCUUUAUCCUGGUGUUUGGAGAGUCUCUGCUCAAUGAUGGCGUCACAGUGGUGCUUUACAAUGUAUUUGAUGCUUUUGUUGCUCUUGGAGGCCCAAGGAUUGACGCUGCAGAGAUUAUUAAGGGCAUAGUUUCAUUUGUUGUGGUGGCAUUUGGAGGCUCGUUUCUUGGCGUUUUGUUUGCCAUCCUGCUGUCCCUGCUGACCAAAUGCACCAAACACAUUCAGAUCAUCGAAGCCGGCUUUGUCUUUGUGGUGGGAUACUUGGCUUACCUGACAGCAGAGAUGCUCUCCCUCUCUGCUAUACUUUCGAUCACUUUCUGUGGUGUCUGCUGUCAGAAAUAUGUGAACGCCAACAUGGAUGAGAAAUCGGUCACAACGGUUCGUCAUGCUAUGAAGGUGCUUGCGAAUGGCUCAGAAACCAUGAUCUUUCUAUUCCUGGGCAUUACAGCCAUCGAUAAGGAGAUAUGGGUUUGGAACACAGGUUUCAUUCUCCUCACUCUCCUCUUCAUCUUUAUCUACAGGAUCAUAGGUGUUUUCUUGUUUACCUGGAUGUUAAACAAGUUCAGAUUGGUUCCCAUCGAGGUCAUUGACCAGGUUGUAAUGAGCUACGGUGGCCUGCGGGGGGCAGUGGCGUACGGACUAGCAGCCAUGCUAGACAAAGACAAGAUCCCAGAGAAGAAUCUGAUGAUUAGUACCACACUCAUUGUGGUGUAUUUCACUGUCAUUCUUCAGGGAAUCACAAUGAAGCCAUUGGUUCAGUGGCUCAAGGUCAAAAGAGCUGCUCAUUCUGACUUGAAACUUGUUGAGAAACUGAACAAUAGGGCAUUUGACCACAUCCUAGCUGCAGUGGAGGACAUUUGUGGCCGUAUAGGAGAUAACUGGUGGACCAGAGGUUGGAACAGGUUUGAGGAGAAGUAUAUCAGCAAGAUUUUGAUGAAACCUAAGGCCAGAAAAAACAGAGACUACCUCUUUAGUAUUUUCCACAAACUCAAUCUGGAGGAUGCUAUAAACUAUGUCAGUGAGGGUGAACGCCAAGGUUCUCUGGCCUUCAUUCGUAGUGAGGAAGCAGCCAACAUAGAUUUCAAAAAACAACUUGAUUCAGAAUUUACAGAUGUGAUGCCUGAUAUAAUGGCUGAUAUGUCAAAUUACGAGCUUGGAAAUAUUUCAGUAACCUCAAUUGUAAAAGACACUAUUCCCUCUGUAUCCCUGGACAUCCAUGUGCAAGACGGGAAGAAUGCGGUGGAAGACACCAAUGCCCAUCAUCUUCUACAGCAGCACCUGUACAGGAGCAGAAAGAAUCACCAUCACAAAUACAGUCGCAGCCACUUCGGCAUCAACCAGAGUGAAUACGAGGUGCAGGAGAUCUUCCAAAGGACCAUGAGGAGCCGCCUUGAGUCCUUCAAAUCUGCUAAGAUGGGUGUCAACCCUGCCAAAAAGAUUACAAAGCACCACAAGAAGGAGCUAAACCAUCAGAUGUCUAAUGGACACCCAGAGGACAAAGGUCAUCAAUAUGGAGAUGAGGUUGACAGCGCUGUGGGUAGUGAGACUGGUGCUGUGAAUAAUACUUACAUGAGAGACAAAUAUACAACUGGAGCUGGCAUAGAGAAUCCAGCAUUCAUGCCAGAGGUGGCCAGUCCUACUCACAGCCCACCCUGGCUAAUGGAAUCUGAGAUGGACAUGAAUGUCGCACCCUCCCAGAGGGCCCAGAGACACCUGCCCUGGACGCCCAACAGACUCCGGCGUCUUGCACCCAUGAGGAUCAGCAACUGCUCCACGGACUCCUUCCUGAUGGCUGAUGUUUCUUUAUCUCUAGAGGAGCACGAGGAACAUCCCCAAGGAGACCAAGACGAAAUACGACCAGUCUUUGAAUAGACGAUUAAAGGUGGCAUGUCACAAAGCACAUUCACAGACAUGACAGUGUCCAAUCUACAAAACGAGGUGGAACUGGACAAUUGCUGCAAGAGAUCCCACCGAAACUGCCAAACGUCAAUGAAAUAGCAUGGAACUAAAUCCCAUGGAUGUUUCCAGCACUUUGUAGAAUUAAUUUAGGAUCCAUUUAGGGCAACAUACUCAUGUGCUAUUAGGUGCAUACAGUAGUAGAAAAAAAGAAAAAGAAAAAGAAAAGCUUAUCAAGCAAUGCACCUGCCUUUUUCAAAUGGUUUGUCAAAACAGUUUCCUACUUGUGUUGAUAUAUUUCCCAUUGAAAAAUGAAUUCUGGACUUUAAAGGGGUCUUAUUAUGCUUUUCUUUCUUUAGUGUGUAAUGUUGCUAUUUAAACAUGAAAAAGGUCUGCAAAAUUACAAAGUCCACUCCAAAGGGAGUUAUAUCAGUAAGCACUGUAACUUACACAUCACAAUAUUCCUCAUUUAAAUAAUUCCCGCCCAAAUCAUGUGCAAAAAAACGACCAAAGAGGUGCUGAAAAAAGAGGCAUAAUAGGCCCCCUUUAAAAUAGCCAAUAAAGUUCAGUUUACAUCACAGCCAUGAACAUUAUUUGCUACUUGUUACUUCUAGUCAGUUUAUAUUUGCUGGAAGGGUAUUCUUGUCAACUUUUACUGUAGGAUUACACUAGCCUAUAGAUGGUCUCAAAGCAAAUAAAAAUUAAUAGAUUUGAUUUCUUUAAAAAAUGGUGUGAGGGGGAAAGGUUGAGAAGACAGGGAUGUAUUUUAUGCAAUAAUGCUAAUAUAGUGAGGGCAAAGCCAUUUUGUCUUUCUCAAGAUCCACCUUGUGGUUUAAUUUUUAAUGGCACUUUACUACAGUGAUGUCACCUCUACAAGGCACAUUCUUCCCUGCACUGCAAUAUGAAAGUAUAUUAAUAUGGAAGGUAUUAGGUAAAUAAUUAUAUCAAGUGAGUUUUUCAUUGCUCUGGAAACUUUUAGAAACCAGUGGUGAUGUUAGUAUUUUAAGUCUGUGACUGAGGUGUUAAUUGUUAUGAACUAUGUUUGUACAUGGAAAAAAAAAAAAUCAAUCGUUUGUUUUCUUGUCAUUCAAAUAAUGCAUUUCUCUGGGCAUUUUAAUUUCUUUUGUGGGAUUAAUAAAGUAUUUAUCAACAUUUCUAUUUA